AUGAAUGUAUCUAAAACUAACUAUUAUUCAAAGGAAAAUUACAACUGGGACGAUAUAGAACCAUUACCAAUAGACGUUGAAGGUGUUCAAGUUUCACAAAUCUUAUAUUCUGAUGAAUAUCGUCAAGUAUUAGGUCUGCUUAGAGCUUUACAAUCUCAAAAAGAAUAUAGUGAAAGAGCAUUAUUUAUUACUCAAGAAGCCAUUAAAUUGAAUGCAGCACAUUAUACAGUAUGGCAAUAUAGAUAUCAUAAUAUUAUUGAAUUGGGGAAAGAUAUAGAAGAAGAAUUAGAAUGGGUUGAAGAUAUUGCAUUGGAUAAUAUCAAAAAUUAUCAAAUUUGGAAUUAUAGACAAUUAUUGUUGAAGAAGCAAGAAACACCAAAUCCAAAGAAAGAAUUCCCAUUAAUUCAAGUUAUGCUUGAUGAUGAUCCUAAAAAUUAUCAUGUUUGGUCACAUCGUAAAUGGCUAGUUCAAUUUUUCAAUAAAUAUGAUGAAGAAUUACCAUUUGUUGAUUAUUUUAUUGAACAUGAUGUUUAUAACAAUUCAGCUUGGUCUCAUAGAUUCUUCACAAUUUUCAGUCAAGUUGAAAAAUCAGGUAAAGCUAUUACAGAUGAAAUUUUCGAAGAGGAAGUUGAAUAUACUAAAGAUCAAAUCAAGAUUGCACCACAAAAUGUUAGUUCAUGGAAUUAUUUAAUUGGAUUAUAUGAAUCUAGUGGUAAAGAGUUAUCUAAUUUAGAAGAAUUCGUCCUAACAUAUGCAAAUGUAUUAAAUGAAGGUUCAGAUUUAGAGAGUUUGAAAUCAAUACCAGCGUUAGAAAUUUUAAUUAAAAUUUAUUCUAAAUCAAAUAAAUCAUUAGCUUCAAAAGGUUAUGAUUUACUUUCUACAAAAUAUGAUCCAAUAAGAAAAAAUUAUUGGGAAUAUCAAAAAAAGCAAAUAACUACUGUAUAA